GCCGGAGCCGCGCCGCGGGGGCAGCGAUGUCGUCCCGGCCGGGGCGCGACGACUCGGGAGCGCGGGGCGCGCGGCGGCCGCGGGAGCCGCCCGAGCAGGAGCUGCAGCGGCGCCGCGAGCAGAAGCGGCGCAGGCACGACGCGCAGCAGCUGCAGCAGCUCAAGCACCUGGAGUCCUUUUAUGAAAAACCUCCUCCCGGCCUCAUCAAGGAAGAUGAGACGAAGCCAGAAGACUGUAUACCAGAUGUACCAGGCAAUGAACAUGCCAGGGAAUUUCUGGCUCAUGCGCCAACUAAAGGACUUUGGAUGCCGCUGGGGAAAGAAGUCAAAGUUAUGCAGUGUUGGCGUUGUAAACGGUAUGGUCACAGAACGGGCGACAAAGAAUGUCCUUUCUUUAUCAAAGGCAACCAAAAAUUAGAACAGUUCAGAGUAGCACAUGAAGAUCCCAUGUAUGACAUCAUACGAGACAAUAAAAGACAUGAAAAGGAUGUAAGGAUACAGCAGUUAAAACAGUUACUGGAGGAUUCUACCUCAGAUGAAGAUGGUAGCAGCUCCAGUUCCUCAGAAUGUAAAGAGAAACAAAAGAAAAAGAAGAAGAAAGAAAAGCAUAAGAAAAGGAAGAAAGAGAAGAGAAAGAAGAAAAAACGGAAGCACAAGUCUUCCAAGUCCAAUGAGAGUUCUGACUCAGACUGACAAGGACUGGACUCGUUCAACAUUCUCUUCUCAAAAAUCAAACGCUGUGGCCAAAGAACAGAGGAGGAUGCCAGGGAGAGAGUAGAGGAUGGAGACACCGAGAGAGGAGGAUGUGUGGUGUCACAGCUGCGAAUCUCCUCCCCCCCCCACCCCGCUGUGAAAACGUGACUCUCAGGAGAGUGAGUUGUCUCUUUCUAGGAGCUAGCUCUGGACAGCGGCUGACUGCAGGUGGGAAGGCUUAUUCAGUGUCCUCCUCCCUGCCGGUCAUGUGAGUUUAUGAUUCCUUUGAAAUGCCUGCUUCAGAGGGGCAGGUCGAGGGAAUCUCUAAGGAAAGUCUUCCAGGCAUCACCACACCUUGCGCCCUGCACAGUGGGGCGAUUCAAUUUCCAUCGACUUCAGGCUGGAGUCUCUAUUGUUGUUGAGGAAAAUAAAAGUUCAUUAUUUAUUUUUUAAA